AUGGUCUCGGACGUGCAGAAGGCCUGGGAGGCCUGUGACAGAACAGACACGGUCUUUAUUCUGGUUUGUACCGUCUUCUGCUGGCCCAUCAUUCCUGCCGUCGGACUCGGCUACAGCGGAUAUUCCACACGGCGAAGCGGGCUUGCUUCAUUCAUCCCGGCUGUGUUGACGGUCUGCGUCUGCUCAAUCCAGUGGUUUAUCGUUGGUUAUGCUCUGGCUUAUGGAGACGGCCCUGGAGGGGUCAUUGGCAACCUCAAGUUUGCCUUUCAUCGAGGUGUGCUUGCUGAACCGGUCGGGGGUAUCCCGGCCGUACUGUUCAGUGAGUUUCAGCUCGUCUUUCUGGCCACUGUUUGUGCCAUAGCGGUGGGAGGGGCUUGUGAACGUGGCCGCAUUCUUCCAUUAAUUCCCUUCAUCUUCCUUUGGUCAACCUUCAUUUACUGUCCUCUCGCUCACAUGGUCUGGGGCGGAGGUUUUCUCGGUGAGCUUGGUGUGCUCGACUUUGCUGGCGGAACUCCGGUGCAUAUCUGCAGUGGUGCAACGGCCAGUGCUCUCAGUCUCUACCUCUCCUACCCGAUAUUCCGGUCCCGAAAAUCGGAUGUCAGAACGCCUUCUCAUCUCAAAUUGCACCGACCGCACAACUCGAUGUGCCAGUUACUGGCAAUGAUCAUCAUCUGGGGUUCCUGGUUGGCUUUCGAUGCUGGGACUACUCUCACCCUCAGCUUUCAAUCGGUCAUGGCGCUCUGCGUGACAAAUCUGUGUGCUUCGGCAGGUUCGUUGACUUGGGCAUCAAUCACCUAUUUCGAGACCGGUCGCUGGUCGUUGGACUCGAUCUUCAUGGGCGCGAUAGCCGGUCUGGUCAUGAUUACUCCCGCAGCGGGCUUCAUAGACCUUCCAACUUCGCUCUUCUUCGGGAUCUUUGGAGCCGCUGUUUGCCGUCAAGCUUUGCGAAUCAAGUUCACAGAUCUUGCGCGAAGGGUGCGAUGGGUCGACAACGGGGACACGUUUGCGACUCACUGUGUCGGCGGCUUUCUUGGUACUAUCGCUACCGGACUCUUUGCUCAGAAGACAGUGGCGGCCUAUGGAGGGGUCGAGGUGGAUGGUGGAGUAUUUUUUGACGGCAACACUCGUCAACUAGGUGUCCAGAUCGUCGAAGCGUUAAUUGGCUUCAUCUGGUCGUUUGUUGGAUCAUUCGUGAUCAUUGCUUUGAUUGACUGCGUUCCAGGCCUCGAGGUCCUCGCAGAAGACAAAGAAGUGAAUGUUGGAAUGGAUGCUUCUCAAAUGGAUGAGAGCUUGUAUGAGGCACAGUGGGCUGGAGAGGAGGACUAUAAGCCGCUGGCUAACGGUAGUAUCACCCUGGACUAG